AUGAAGAAAAGUACCCAUUUGUCCAGCAAACUUGACUGUAUCAGAUCCUCCCACUCCGCAAGCCAUGCUCCCCUUUCUGGUGGCCACACCUCCGGCUAUGCCCUGGCAAGGAGAUGUCAGAGGCUUGGGUUUCAAAAAAGUCUCAACCUUCUCCUUCUUGCAUUCUUUCUAUUAUCUUGGAAGAGCUUGGUUGGUUGGAGGCUAGAGAGAAAACUCAAGGGUGGAGUUGUCUUAAUCUCUUUAGCUAAUUGUGGAUUACUUACUAGGCCUUUUAAAGCUCAUCAAGUUGUUGAUUAUCUCUUUCAAAUCAGGAGUAAGGUCUUGCAAAGUUGUCCCAGCAGGAGAGUCAGUUCCAACCACCACAGCUACUCCACCCCUCACAGCGGCAGAGCAGCGGAUUGUAGAUUCGCUAUGCCACUUGGUGGCACAUGUAGGGGUGGAGCUCUCACCUCUAUUUCCUGUGUUCACUUUAGCUUCCACAUCUAGAGAGAAGGUAGAGAAGGAGGAGGACGCACCAACACCAGCUCUAGCCACCAUAGCUAUUCUACCCUUCACCGCGAUCGAGCGGUCGCUUGUAGAUUCGCUAUGCCACUUGGCGGCGCAUGUUAGGGUGGAGCUCCCACCUCUAUCUCCCGUGUUCUCUUCAGCUUCUACAUUGAUAGCCGAGGUAGAGAAGGAGAAGGAUAACUCUGGCAGCUCUAAGAGCCAGAUUGUGACCGAGCCAAAGGACGACACUGACUUAUCUUUAUUGUCUUUCAUUUCAUGAUAUUUGUACACUUAUUUUUGUUUGAUUAGCAAGGGUUUAGUCCCUGCUACUUUUGUAUUUUUAUUUUUUAUUUGUAUUUUUCAUAUUUCAGUUUUUGUAUUUUGUUUUUAGUAUUUCGUAUUUUAUUUUUCUCUUCCUCCACUAAACCCUCUCUCAUACACAAGAUGAUGUAAGCCACAUCCUUCGAUUUGGUCCAAUCUUUUUCUCAACCGCAAUUAUUGUGCAAAAAGAAUAACACACUCGAUGACAUUGUCAAGACUUACCAAAUUUUAUUG